AUGGCGAACACAGCUCCUGGUCAGGCUCCUGCUGAGCAAGAGCCGCUCUGUUACAAUUGCGGCGCCAAAGGGCAUUGGGUGCACCAUAGAAACGGCAACUCCGAGCGAGGUGCCGCCUCGAAGGAGAAGAAAGGCCCUAUCAUCACACGGUACCCCCCGCCGGCUCCUCAUCAUCCUCCUCCUCCUCCACCACCACCGAGACAUUAUGACCAACAACAACUGCCGCCGACGCCGCCACCGACGGCGUUUUCUUCUGGUGUGCAGCCACCACCACCUCCAUCCCAGGGCUAUUCGCAGCCCGGAUUUCCGCCAAAUCCGUAUGCUGGCAGUUACCCUCCGCCUCCUCCGCCAGCGCAUCAUGGUCAUUACUCAGCCGUGCCACCUCCGCCGCCCCAGUAUGGGCAGCAACUUCCCUAUGGCCAGCCUCAGUACCCUGCAUCAUAUCCACCGCCCGCAAGCUACUACCCCCCUGGUGCUUCCCCCUCUCCGGUCCCGCCUCCGGUUCCGCCGCCACUUUCGUAUGCUCCAGGCACCUACCCACCGCAGCAGUAUGGGCCAUCGCCGCCUGGAUCAACUCCGUUCCCACCUCCUUACCCAGCACCGCCUCCUCCCCCGCCUGGCAGUUACCAAUACCCUCCGCAACACCCACCGCCAUACGGCACGCCGGUCCCAGGCUUUCCUCCGUCACCGUGGCCCAAGUCGCAAAAUAACCCACCUCCCUCGUCGUCCCUAUCGGCAAAUCAAACCCCACUGGGUACCCAUCGCGGCCGACACCCGAAAAACCAAGGGUCGAGACGCUCCCAUAACAAUCGUGAGAAGAACCGCCCUGGACAUGAGCGACAUGGCAAGAACGGCGUUCGCAAUGAUCGGCAGGAACACCGGCCAAGCCGGGAAAACCAGCCAACAAAGGCCCCCAAGAAUCGGGAACCGGCAGAUGAGGGAGAAGACAAUGGCGAUGGCGAGUGGGAUUUCACCUCGGAAGAGGACCUGCGCCGCGUGUUCCCGGAGGUCAAGACAAAGCCUGCCGAUCCCGUUGGCAUUCCUCUUCCCCCCCAGUACAACGACGACCCGACAAUCCCCCCAGCGUACAAUGCAACUUGUGUGAAAUCUGAGUUCUUCCGUGAGGACAGCAAAGAGGAGUUCGCGCGGUCUAUCCGGGAUCAUCCGUCUUGGGGUACUCUCCAGCACGACCCGGCCUUCAAACACUAUCCCGGGAUGGUGCUACGCCGCUUCCCCGAGUGCGCCCAUGAGUAUCCGGUCUAUGAGCCUUCAGAUCCGCCCCCUUGCUCCUCAGCCAUCAGGAUGCCCCCUCGGUAUCGAAUCGCCAGGCCUGGGCCUGGCUUAAAGGAGAGCUUGCCCGGUGUCACUGCAGUUGAAGACGAAAGAAACGGCCGGAAUGGUCACGCCGAGCAUGACUUUCAGCGAUCUCACCGUCCUCGCGACGUUGGCCGGGAUCACUAUGACAGAGAAGAUAGAGAGUCCCGCCGUCCCCGGAAGCGGUCCCUCGACACCAGUUCUGAGCACGACGAGAACGACAGAGAUCCGAAACGAACUCGACGGUUUGAGCCUCGGAGGGAAAUGCCACGUGACAAUUACCAUCGGCCAGAUUCUCCCCCUCGGCGAAGCCCGUCCCCGAAGUUCGAUCUCGGCGCCGAUCCGUGGUCACCGCAGGCAGGAGAGAGCACUAUGAGGGUUUCGAGCACUCGCCGGUAUUCUGCUGCGCGGAAUGCCGCCGGAUCAUCCCCUGCGCGGGAAGAGAGACCGGCCCAUACUGAUAGACGGCAUGAUAGUGGCUACCACAGCGGGCAGUCUCUCGAGAAGGCGACACCACGGCAUCGCGACGGUGAUCGAGAUCGCUGGGCGUCCGACCGGCCGCAGCGACGCCGCAGGUCACCAACACGGAGCCGGAGCCGCACCGGGAGCCCCAGCCACGGCCGCAGCCGUGCCAGGAGCCGUGCCCGGAGCCGUUCCCGCAGCCCUGCUCGCGGCCGUGUUCGGAGUCGUUCCCGCAGCCCUGCGCGCGGCCGUGUUCGGAGUCGUUCCCGCAGCCCUGCGCGCGGCCGUGCCCGGAGCCAUUCCCGCAGCCCUGCUCGCGGCCGUGCUCGCAGCCGUGCUGGCAACCGUGCCUCGUCCCAUUCCAGGAGUGACCGCGACCGUAGCGAGUCGCCUCUGACGUUGCUCGAGGCACAGCUGCUGGGUCUCGUCGAGGUGUCCAGCGACUCAGAGCCUGAGCCAGCGCCAAAACCGGUCCCUAAGAAACCCAUCAAGCGCGUCAAGGUGGCGGCAGCUUUCGGUCGCCGCUGGUGAUCAUGGUCUUUCCUCGGCAGCGUCUAAUUCCAGUGCGUGGUAUCACGAGUUUACGAUGGAUCCAUUGCAUUUUCGGUCUCAGCAUGGCGUUUUUUGGCGUCAUUUGCAUGGCAGCACUAGACAAGCAUUCUUGGGACAGGCUCUGGAGUCUUGCAGGUUGCUUCCCUUGCUGCGAUCUCUCGGUUUUACAGGACGGGGGCAUCAUUCUUGUUGAUAUCACUGCGUGUAUGCUUCAUCAAAGGAGUUACUUGAAAGUGUUGUGUGUCUG